ACUUACCACAGGCUCCCUUUUGUAACAGCACCAAUUUUAAGAUGAGCUAAAGUAUAGACACCUUUCUGGUCUGUUUAAUUCAAUUCAACUCAUUUUGACCUCAUCACAUCUCGCACUGAGACCACGCUGUCUGAGAUCCUCCAGCACUGCUCGACUGGUACCACCUUCUCUUAGAAUGAGAGAUGUUUAUUAGCACACUACAUGAAGCUCAGACUGUGUGGUAACCGAUGGUCCACUUAGGAAGUUAUGAUGUGGAGGGUUGUCAGCACUGCACUACCUUCUGGACUUUGAGUUUUCAAUACAACUCACACCUCUCUACAGUAUAUAUACUGAUGACUAAGGCAGUCUUGCAUACAUACAGCUGGUGUUUUUAUAGAGCAGAAUCAAAGCAAGAAACAUGAAGGUCUUUUUGGUACUGGCUCUGGCUGUAUUCACAGGCUGCCAAGCCAACUUGUUCUAUGCUGAUGAGCCCAAACCACAGAUGGAACAAUUGACUGAUGCUUUCUGGGACUAUGUUGCCAAGGCAACACACACUGCUGAGGACACACUGAAAACAAUUAGAGAGUCUCAAGUUGGCCAGGAAGUCAAUGCUAGAUUUACAGAUGGCACUAAUAUGGCCAGUGAGUAUGCUGUCACUCUUCAGAAACAAGUGAGCCCUAUGGCCCAGGACAUCAUGACCAAGAUCUUCAAGGAGGCUGAGGUUCUGAAGGAACGUCUUGAGCAGGACUUGACCACUGUAAAGGGCAAACUGGAGCCCUAUGCUGAUGAUAUGAAGACCCAAAUUCAGCAGAAAAUGGAGGAGCUGAGAGUAGCUGUGGCUCCCUAUGCUGAGUCUAUCGACACUGAAGCUCUGAAAACCACUGUGCUGCAGAAGACAGAGGAGCUCAGGGGAAAUCUGGAGGAGAAAGUGAAGGAGCUGCAAUCCCAGCUGGAUCCCUACACUGAAGAUAUCAGACAGAAAGUAGAUCAGCACCUGCAGGAAUUCCAGAAGACCGUGGCCCCUCUGACUGAGGAUCUUCAAGCCAAGUUAGCUGAGAGAGCUGCUUUGGUUCAGCAGGGUCUGGCUCCUUAUUCUGAAGAUCUGAGAGAGAAACUGGACCCUUACACCCAGAACCUGAAGGACCAACUCACCUCUCUGUAUGAGUCCUUCACCAAGACCAACUAAAUACUCCAAACACCAUUUUGCUUACUGAACUGUUUUCUAUACAUGGAAACUCAUACUAAAAUAUAAGACAUCAAAUAUUUAAUUGUAUAUUUUAUGCAUUAUUAAACAGUAAUUCCCCCAAAACUGUAAGCAUUUUAAUAUUGUACCAUGAACCUGAGAUUUCUCCUGUGUUAAAAACAUUG